UUGUGUUUUUACAAACAGGAAAUAUUUCUGUUACACCCGAAGCCCUCCCCAACCAUUCAAACAACACCCGGCAACAACACCUAAAAAUAAUGCGACAAUGGAUUCUAUUUGGUUUCAAUUGCUGAUAGGGAUAAGUUUGGUUAUACCACUAAAUUCACGAAGUGUUGAUUGGAAGGACUGCGGUUGCUGCCUGAGUUUCAAUGGUGGAUUGCAUGCACAGUGCUCUGGAAUUGGCGGAAAUUUGGAUUGGGAUUGUUUGGAGCUACACGAGUUAAACAGUCUGGAUAUUUCACACAACAAUCUCACGGAAAUUCCGGCAGUUCUGUUCUCCUCAAGGUUCAGCAAUCUUACUGAUCUGAAUGUGUCCUACAACAACAUUACAAAGAUACCCUAUGAAGUUACCCUCCGUUUUGUUCGACUGAACAUUGCUUACAAUCAAAUAUCUGAAUUGCCCGCCAUGCCGACUAAUACGACGACUACGUUAAAGGAUUUUAAUAUUACUUAUAACAAUUUGACAUCCCUUCGUUCUCUGCUAAGUGAGAUUGCAGAUCAUAUUGAAUCGGAGGGCAACCCAUUGAAAUGCGAAUGCAAUAACAACACACUUAUUAACCUCAUAUACGGGCGACUUGGGAAUGGACAACUAGACCGAGUGACGUGCAUAGAUAGUGAAUUCUCUAAAUUAAAAUUAAUUACAAAUGUUCCAUCUUGUCAAAGACAAAUUAAUGAUAAGACUAACGAAUCGAAAAUUCCGUGGGGUAUGUUAGUUUUAGUAUUGGCGGUCGUAUUUCUAUUGUACAUUUCGUUUUCCUACACUACAAUUUCAAAUCAAAGACUCUAUAUUUACAUGUUUGUUGAUUCGGUUCUUUUUAUCUUUUGUUAUUUCGUCUUAACAUCUUUUUCGUGACGAAAAAAACCUUUUACGAUUAGAUCUCAGAGUGAAAAGGGAGAAAUCAAAGUGGAGUGCAUUAACCCCCGAAAACGUGUGUAUUUUUUAAGAACAAUUGUCGUCCCAUAUAAUCAAAGACGCAGUCCU